GCAAUGGGUUUUUUUUCUCGGACCGUGGCCGUUGCCGCCUCGCUGCUCUCCCUCGCAAGCGCUGUUUCCAUCUCUUCAACGAAAACCUUCAACAUCAGUAACGAUGUGGAGGGCUCGGUUCACUUGAAUGCCCUUGCGUUUCAACAAAGUCCUUUGACGACUUUCGGCGACUAUCAAUACGUAGCGUUCUACAAGACUGCAUCCGGCUAUGGGAAGCACUACGUUAAUCUCGGUCGGAGGCGCAUCGCACCAUCGCUCGGCGAUUGGCAAUCGUUUGCUUUUACCGACUAUGUCCAGCAAACGCUCGACGAACACAAUACGAUCAGCAUGGGCAUCAGUGGGGACGGCAAGAUUCAUUUGAGUUUUGACCACCAUGAUGUGCCGCUCAACUACCGCGUCUCUACAUCUGGUAUCGCCAAAACCGUACCAUCUGACUGGAGCAUGAACACAUUCGGUGGCUCAGUCCAGCACAGCCUACCCGGAUCUACAGGACCAUGGACACCUCUCACCUACCCGCGCUUCGAGCGUCUUGCGAAUGGCGAUAUGCUCAUGGAAUUUCGCAUUGGGCAAAGUGGAUCCGGCGACUCAUACAUCCACCGCUACUCCGCAUCCUCCGGUUCUUGGAGCGCAGUUGGGAAAUACUUGCAAGGGCAAGACAACAACGCCUACAUCAACGGGCUCACUUCCUCGGGUGGAAAAUUAUUCGCGAGCUGGACUGUCCGUGAGACGCCCGACGCAAGUACCAACCACGACUUCUACUUUGCGUUUUCAGAAGACGAUGGCCAGACCUGGAAAGCCACAAGCGGCAGCUCAGUCACGAAACCCAUCACGCCGUCAACCGCGGGAAUCAAGAUCUUCACCAUCGCACAGAACACGCAGAUCAUGAAUCAAGAGGCGCAAACCGCCGAUGACAAGGGAAGGUUCCACGCGCUGAUGCGUGAUAACACGUCCGGCACAGCACGCUUCUACCACUACUUGCGAUCAACAACCGGGACCUUCACCAAGACCGCGAUCAACGCUCCCGGCCUUUCCAACCCUCCCUACCUUGCCUAUCGAGGCAAGCUCGCUGCCAAGGGUGACAGUCUCAUCGCGAUCCUGCCGGAUGCGCCAAAAAACACCACGACCCUGUACGGUGCCACUGCGGGUGGAAACUACCAGGACUGGAAGCUUCUAGCUACCAUCCAGAACACGGCGGGCGAGCCAGGAGUCGAUGAAGAGCGACUGCAGCAGAGCAAUGUGUUGAGCGUGUUCAUAAGGCAGGGAGGACCUUUUGGUGACCGGAAGAUCCAGGUGUGGGACUACGACGUGCAGUGGUAGGCAAGCGGGGUUAUUCGUACAUUGUCGUUAUCAGAUGCCACU